AUGGCACUUAUCAAUUCAAUUCCACGUUGCAGUGUUCCUGGAAAAAGUGAGGGAAAAACAGGAGAAAAGCUUGGGAAAAUUCCAAGGCAUGAAUUGGUCAAGCAGAAGAAGAUACGAUAUAUAAUGUUCUUCAGCGGCGAUCCUUCUACGCGGAAGCGUGUCGAUUUGGGCGGCCGCAGUUCGAAGGAAAGGGACCGGAAGAACCUUCUAGAACAGACACGAGUUGAAAGGAACAGGCGCUUGUCGUUGCGCCAGCAGAACUCUUCUGCACUCAAAAUUCAGCUACAGAAAUGCUUCAGAGGAAGAAAAGCAGUCAAAACUGAACAAUCUAAGUUGCGAGAGCAGUUCUAUAAAGCAUAUGGGAAGUAUUGCCAGAAUGUGGACAGGAAUUCUUUUGGUCCAGAUUCUGAUUUCCUCUGCCAGUUCCUCUAUUUCUUUAAGGCAGACAAUAUCGAUGAUUUUUUAGUUCUUGUACAAAUAUGCCAGUUGCUGUGGUGGUUUGUUCAGGAUAAUGGGGAUGUUGUGAAACUUUUUGCAGGGGUAGAUUACUCUUCCACACGUGCUUUGGUGAACUACCGAGUGAAGCAAUUUGUACAGGCUUGUUUUCAUGCUUUGCAUCAGAAUAGAAAUCAGUUAAAAGAUCAGCUUUUAUUGACUCCUGAGGAAUUGAAUGUAUCAGCUAUUCCUUUAUUGGAGGUUUUAGUAUUGUUAAUUGAUUCCAAAUUGCCAUGGAGCUGUAAGAUAGUAGAACAUCUUUUUCAAAACAAUGCACUUGGCCUACUCAGAGAGAUCAUUCUAACAGGAAAGAUUUUUGCCGCAGAGGACCUGAGCCAAUUUCACAUUCAUCAAAUGGCAAAGUUUGGGCAAAAUCUGAUCAAUUUGCUACCAAAGGAUAUAUCAAAUGAAUUUCCUAGCCAUGCUUGUAUGCUUGGAAAUGUAUUAGAAACUGCUGGAAUUGCUUUGUCUUAUCCUGCCUGUUCAUUUGAUAUGGCAGUAGACCUUGCGGCUGUCACCACAUUUUUGCUGGAGGCACUCCCAUCUGUGAAAACUUUCAAUGGUAGAGAAAGUAUGCUUUCCUACUGUUCUAUAAUUGCUGAGGAUGAUAUUACUGGAGAUGAUGAAGUCAUGGAAAUAGCUUUAGAUAGGAAAUUGGAGCAGCAAAUUAAUAAUGCUGUAAAUCCUCGCUUCCUUCUGCAACUGACAAAUAUUCUCUGUAAAGACAUUUCAUCUGUCAAUGGUUCAGAUUAUGGACCCAAUGAUAGAGAAGUUACUGCUGUUGAUGCGGUUUGUGGGUUUUUGCAUGUUACCUUCAGCAAGCUGCCACUUGAACGGAUUAUGACAGUGCUUGCAUACAGAACUGAACUUGUUCUUACGCUUUGGAAUUUUAUGAAGCGGUGUCAUGAGAACCAAAAAUGGUCAUCACACCUCUCAAAUGAUGCACCUGGUUGGCUGUUACCUCUGGCUGUAUUCUGUCCUGUCUACAAGCACAUGCUUAUGAUUGUUGAUAAUGAAGAAUUUUACGAGCAGGAGAAACCACUUUCGCUGAAGGAUAUAAGAACACUCAUCAUUAUAUUGAGACAGUUGGAGAUGGUGAUGGUCACACAAACAUCAAUGGAACCUUCAGCGACGGUGAUGGUAGUUUUGGACGACAGUGACAGUGAUGCGAGUUUCGGUGUGAGGAUGGUGAUAGGAGGGUCAGACAUGGAGAUACUAGGGUUGAUGACCACUGGCUAUGGCAAUAGGAGAGUAAUGGAGCUUGUUGGGGUUGCAAUUGCAGAGAUGGCAAAAUGGUUAUCAUUCAAUCCUAGGGGAAAUGGGGUUGUAAAACCAAACCACACAGACUCCAUUCAGGAUCGAUGUGACCCACAAUCCUUCUAUUUUGGGGGCAAAAUCAUGAUCCGGCAACAAUCUGCAAAAUCUCCAUGCCAACCACCGAGUUUGCUCACUUGGUCAUCAAAACUUGCAACAUUGAGCAAGUUUACAGGUCUAGUUCUGUGGCAGCUACUGUGGGUGAAUCAUACCACAUCUGCUAAUCCAGUAAAAUCAGUUCCAGUUAGUUCAUCUAGUAAGGGGCAGUUUGUUCAGGCCAUUCAACAGAGGGUUAGCAUUGUAGUCUCCGAGCUUCUCUCCCAGCUGCAAGAUUGGAACAAUAGACGGCAGUUUACAUCCCCCAGUAACUUCCAUGCUGAUGGUGUGAAUGACUUAUUUAUCUCUCAGGCUCUAAUAGAAAAUACACGAGCAAAUGAAAUAUUGAAACAGGCCCCUUUCUUGAUACCAUUUACGAGCAGGGUUAAAAUAUUCUCUUCUCAACUAGCUGCUGUAAGGCAAAGGCAUGGAUCUCAGGCUGUAUUUAGACGGUUCAGAAUAAAACGAGACCGCAUUUUGGAAGAUGCUUAUAAUCAAAUGAGUCAGUUGACAGAAGAUAGCCUUCGAGGAUCGAUCCGUGUGACUUUUGUCAAUGAAUUUGGAGUUGAAGAGGCUGGAAUUGAUGGUGGUGGAAUAUUCAAAGAUUUCAUGGAGAACAUCACACGUGCAGCCUUUGAUGUGCAGUAUGGAUUAUUUAAGGUCAGAAAUGUUGUGCAAUUGUUAAUAUUUAACGGGAAGGUUAUUUUCUACUCUGUAUGUAAUUUGACCGCACUAAGAAUCAAGGUUAUUGAAGUAUUACUGAGUGUGAAUAUGGUUGCAAUUGGAUUGGAAACAGCAGAUCACCUGCUUUAUCCUAAUCCUGGAUCUGGAAUGAUACAUGAACAACAUUUCCAAUUUUUCCACUUCCUUGGUACUCUUCUUGCAAAGGCUAUGUUUGAAGGGAUUCUGGUUGAUAUACCAUUUGCUACAUUCUUCUUGAGCAAAUUGAAACAAAAGUACAACUAUUUGAAUGACUUGCCCUCCUUGGACCCAGAAUUAUAUCGCCAUCUCAUUUUUCUCAAGCAUUAUAAGGGAGACAUCUCGGAGUUGGAACUAUACUUUGUUAUCGUAAAUAAUGAAUAUGGAGAACAAACAGAGGAGGAACUGCUUCCUGGAGGAAGGAACCUACGUGUCACUAAUGAGAAUGUUAUUACUUUCAUUCAUCUUGUAGCCAACCAUCGCUUGAAUUUUCAGAUACGGCAACAAAGUUCACAUUUCUUGAGGGGAUUUCAGCAACUUAUUCAGAAGGAUUGGAUUGAUAUGUUUAAUGAACAUGAACUUCAGCUUCUGAUAUCAGGUUCACUUGACAGCUUGGAUAUUGAUGAUCUGCGGCUGCACACCAACUAUGCAGGAGGCUAUCAUAGUGAGCAUUAUGUAAUUGAGAUGUUUUGGGAAGUUCUUAAAGGUUUUUCAUUGGAAAACAGGAAGAAAUUUUUGAAGUUUGUGACAGGUUGCUCUCGUGGGCCAUUGCUUGGUUUCCGAAAUCUUGAACCUUUGUUUUGUAUACAAAGGGCUUCCAGCAAUGCCGCAGAGGAAUCACAUGACCGAUUACCGACAUCAGCUACUUGUAUGAAUCUACUAAAGCUUCCGCCUUAUACAAGUAAGGAGCAAUUGGAAACCAAAUUAUUGUAUGCCAUAAAUGCCGAUGCUGGCUUUGAUUUAAGUUAA